UCAUUCUGUCCAAUGAAAGAGGAGAACUGCAGCAACGCAAACUGUAUUUAACAGACAGGAAAACGCCAGAGAAGACGACGAAGCAAUUGAAUCUCCCGCAAUCGAGAAUGUUGGGAGCUGCCGCCGUAACGACGCGUGUCGCCGUCGCUGUCAUCUUCCUCGCCUCCGUCGCCCUCUGCUCCAACAACAAUUCCGAGGAGUUGUGCAGCAGAACCUGCGCAGCAGAGAACUGCAAUUCGGUUGGGAUUCGAUACGGGAAGUACUGCGGAGUAGGGUGGACCGGCUGCCCAGGAGAGAAGCCAUGUGAUGACGUUGAUGCUUGCUGCAAGAUUCAUGAUGACUGUGUUGGCAAUACAGGUAUUAAUGAUGUAAAAUGCCAUGAGAAGUUCAAGAAAUGCAUAAAGAAAGUACAAAAAUCUGGGAAGGUUGGAUUUUCGAAGCAGUGCCCUUAUGAAACAGUUGUGCCGACUAUGGUGCAGGGUAUGGAUUUGGCCAUCAUGUUCAGCCAGUUUAGCAAUUCAAAACUUGAACUAUGACCCACAAAAGCCAAAACGAAGUUCUCUGCAAGACCCAAAGUACGGGAUUGGAACUCAUUUAACAUGAACAGAUGAACAGAUCAUAUACACUUAUUUUGUAUUGUACUGCUCUAAUAGACGUAUAAUUUGAUUGGUUCUUAUUCUAGGAUCUAGAGCAGUCUGGUUAUUGAGAUGUAAAAACAAGCUGACGGCAUGGAAAUUUUGCAAUACUAUUCACGAGUUCCAGUAA